UACCCUUCACUACAAUCUUAGUCCACCACCCACCUAUAUAACUUACCUUCAACGUUCACAUUUCUUCAACCUCAUCCUUUCUCUUCCCAAAACCAACUUCGGAAAACCACUCAGACUUCGAACAAGAAACUAUUUCAGACACCCUUUUAUUUUCCUCAUACUUCAGUUCAAGCGUAUCAACGAUUUUUGGAAGAAAAUGAAAGAGGGUUUGGUUGUAGAUGGUGGGUAUAUUUUCCAAGAAGAGAAGCAUCUAACUGUGCUUAAAACUUCUCUGUUCUUCGCCGGUGAUGGCUUCACUGUUUAUGACUGUAAAGGUGAGUUAAUCUUCCGAGUCGACUCUUACGGACCCGAUUCCCGCGACAAAGGUGAAGUUGUUCUCAUGGAUGCUCAUGGCAGGUGUUUGCUCACUGUAAGACGAAAGAGGCCGAGUUUGCAUCAACGGUGGGAAGGGUAUCUGGGGGAGAGAUCGGACGGUCAGAAACCGAUCUUCAGCGUGCGGAGAUCGUCGAUAAUCGGACGGUGUGACACGACGGUGGAGGUGUACGGAAGGCCCGGUGAGGAGUAUCUCAUAGAAGGAAACUUCGGGCAACGGUGUUGCACCAUCUUCAAUGCAGUGAAGGAAUCAGUGGCGGAGAUCAGACGGAAAGUGGAUCCGUCAACUAACGUGGUUCUAGGGAUGGACGUUUUCUCUCUUUGCUUGAAGCCCGGGUUUGACGGCGCCUUUGCCAUGGGAUUGGUGUUGGUUCUUGAUCAGAUCUACGGUGAUGAUUUCGUCCAACAUGAUGGGGUUGACGUGGAGCCGUCCGUAGAGGAUUAACUUUUGUUUUUUGUCCUUUUGCUAGGGGCAUAUUUUAGGAAUUUUUUAAAAAAACUUGUGUCCUAUAUUUCUUGUGCUAUUUUGUUUUUGUUAAACCAAUUUGUGAUGAAGAAGAAAAGUUCUAAUUUAGGUUAAAAAAAAUUAUGUCAAAAACUUUAUAAUAAUAAAAAUAAUAUCUUCCACUUCAUUA